CUCCCUGCCGCCGCUCCCCUCCAUCGCCAAACUUUCCGCUUGCUCCCGGCUUCCGCCGUUGCCUCCCUCCCUUCCACCCGUAGCUCCCGGUGCCGCUGCCUCCCUCCCUCCCUCCCUCCCGGUGCCGCUCCCUUUCUCCCUCUUUUCCUCCUUCCCUCCCUCCCGGUGCCGGUCCUUCCCUCCCGGUGCCCCUCCCGGUGCCGGUCCUUCCCUCCCGGUGCCCCUCCCGGUGCCGGUGCCUCCUUCCCGGUGCCCCUCCCGGUGCCGGUGCCGCUCCCGGUGCCCAUGUGCCUGCGGGCACAGCCGGGCGAUGCCGGGGCGAUGCCGGGCACCGAGAGCCCCUCCCGAGCCGGUAAAGCAUCGCCGGGGCCGGCUGGGGGGUCCCCGGUACCCCCGCUGCCCCUCACCGUGCUGGCAUGGCUGGGCACCGGUUCCACCUUGGCUACCCUCAACCGAUGGAUCUUCGUGGCGCACGGGUUCCGGUACCCGGUGCUGCUGUCGGCGCUGCACAUGCUGGGCGCGGUGGCCGUGGGGUACCCGCUGGGCUGGGCACGGGCACCCCAACGUCCCCAUCCCCGUGCCAGGAUCUACCUGCUCAGCGUCACCUUCUGCGCCAGCGUGGCCUUGGGCAACCUGGGCUUGAGCUAUGUCCAGCUGGAGGUGGCCCAAGCGGUGGCCACCACCACGCCGCUGGUGACCCUGGUGCUGUCGGGGCUGCUGGGUGGCCGGCGGCAUCGCCCGCUGCAGUACGUGGCCAUGGGACCCGUGUGUGCCGGGGCCGCCUGUAGCAUCGCCGGUGGGCUCCGCUGCCACCAGCCCGGCUGCGCCUUCCUUCUGGCCGCCACCGUCCUACGCGCGCUCAAGUCCAUCCAGCAGAGUCUGCUGCUGCAGGAGGCUCAGCUGGAUGCCCGCGCGCUGCUCUGCCUCACCUCCCUGCCCAGUUUCUGCCUGCUCUUCGGAGCGGCCGUGGCGCUGGAGCUGGGCCCCUCCUGGGAAGGUGUCCUACGCUACGACGGCACCCUCUGGGCCUGCGUCCUUCUCAGCUGCUUGGGUUCCGUCCUCUACAACCUGUCCACCUUCUGCAUCCUCUCCCUCACCUCUGCCCUCACGGUCCACGUCCUGGGCAACCUCACCGUGGUGGGCAACCUGCUGCUCUCCCGCCUCCUCUUCGGCAGCCACCUCAGUGGGCUCAGCUACCUGGGCAUCGCGCUCAUGCUGGUUGGGAUGUUCAUGUACCACCAGCCGGACCUCAUCAUGGCACGCUGGGCGGCACGGCCGCGCCGGGGGCACCCCAGGAGGGAGUAGGGGUCUCGCCAGGAAUGGGGGCAGGUGGGAAGGCUGCAGGGCGUGGGUGAACACAGCUCUGUGGGUGCACGCGUGGGCUGGUGUGCACGGCUCAGUGUGCUUAUGGAUGUAUCAGUGUGGAUGGCCCUGCGUGCACACGCGUGUGUUGGUGUGCGCAUCUCUUUUCUGGUGUGCACAGCUCUGCGGGUACUUGUGCUCGUGUGCACGUGUGUGCGCACAGCUCUGUGUGCACUUCGAUGUGCUGUUGUGCAUGGUCUUGUGUGCACAUGUGUGUGCCAGUGGGCACAGCUCUGGGUGCACAUCUCUUUUCUGGUGUGCACAGCUCUGGGUGCACAUCUCUUUUCUGGUGUGCACAGCUCUGAGUGUGCUUGGGUGUGCCAGCGUAUACGGCCCUGUGUGUGCACAUGUGAGCUGAUGUGCACAGCCCUGUACGCACACCUCUUUUUUGGUGUGCAUGGCUUGGGGUGCACACAUGUGAGCUGAUGUGCAUGGCCCUGUGUGCACACAUGUGCGGGUUUGCACUGCUCUGUGUGCACAUCUGUUUUCUGGCGCGCACAGUGUGCACACGUGUGUCUUGGUGUACACAGGCUCUGUGCACACGUGUGUGUUGAUGUGCACAGGCUCUGUGUGUGCAAGUGGGUCUGUGUGCACGGCUGUGCCUGCGAGUGGAUCUCUGCAUGUGGCUGUGCGCAUACGUGUGUGUUGGUGUGUGAAAGCUCUGCGUGUGCAUCCCCGUGCGCACCUCCAUGCAAGGGAGCGUGCGAGUGUCGGUGUGCGCGGGCUCUGCGUGUGCAAGCAGCUGUGCGUGUGAGCAGGGUGUGCUGCUGUGCACAGGGACUGCACACCCACAGGCGUGGUGCGGUGCACGGCCCUGCAUGUGUGCACAGGUUCUGCAUGUGCAAGUGCACAGCCACACGUGCACAGCUCCGUGUGUGUGUGUGUUUGUGUGUGUGUGUAGGUGACAGCUACUGGUGUGCACACGGGCUCGCUGCAGGUGGGGAGGUCCCUGCACAGGCGUGCAGCUGCGUGCACCAGCUCUGGUCAUAUGUCUCUGUGUGCACGCGGGCUGGACACACUCAGGGAUGUGUGUGUGUGUGCGUGUGCACAUGUGUGUGCAUCACUACUGAGCUCUGCUGGCUGGAGAAAGCCCAGGGCUGCGUUCACACAUGGCUCUCAUGGCCAAACAAGGUGCCCAAGGACAGGGUGGGUGAGCGUCCCCUCUCUUGUCCCCAACCCCACUGUAUUGUGCUGAUCCCACGGGGCUGCGGUGGUGCUGCUGUCAUCGCCAUCGUCCCCACUGUGCCCUCCUGGUCACCUCUGGCUCCGCUGUCAUCCUUCCCACCUUGCCAUGGCUGGAGCUGCAGAGCUGGCAAGAGCCCAGCGAAGGGGACAGCUGGGCUGCAGCACAGCGUGUGCUCCCCUUGGCCAAGGGACACCCUAUGUGUGUAUGCCUUGGCACCGAUGCCAGCACACGUGUGAGUGCAUGCCCUGAUGGACGCAUCGGCACACGGUGUCCGUGUUGGCUGCUGCCGCGCUCAACAUCCCAGCACCGGAGCCGAAGGACCCAGCUCUGGUUGCACUUGUCCCGAAAUAAAACUCUAUUUUUGUCGUA